UAGUUGGAGGUAACAGCGUUGUUUUAACGUUCACUUAACAGAACCCGUCUUUCCUCCGAUUAGCAUUCUCCUCGUUCUUCUUCGCCGAGUUCUGUUGCCACCUUCGACGUUUCUUCUUCGUUGGAAAUAACAGAGCAGCCUUUGCUGCAACCAACGGGCUACCCAGUAUGAAGCUAGAGGGAUCUGUGAGCUCCCCUCUGGACAUCCCAGUUCCUCGAUGUAGCUUGGGGUCCAGCUCAGGUCUACAAUAUGGCUCUCACAUAAACAGCGUUUCAUCACUUGCACCUCUCGCAGCAGACAAACCAGCCAUUUCCCCGAGACGUGCCUACAUAGCUAUAGCUGUGCUUUGCUAUGUCAACCUUCUUAACUACAUGGAGCGCUACACGAUAGCAGGCGUCCUUUCUGAUAUUCAGAAGUUCUUUGAUAUCAGUGACAGUACAGCUGGCCUGCUGCAGACAGUUUUCAUCUGCAGUUUCUUAUUUCUGGCCCCUCUCUUUGGUUACCUUGGGGAUCGUUACAAUCGCAAAUACAUCAUGCUUUGUGGCUUGAGUGUAUGGCUUUUGACUGCAGCUGGAAGCUCUUUGGUCACCGGAUCGCAAUUCUGGCUUCUUGUUCUGUUGCGAGCUCUCGUCGGUGUGGGAGAGGCCAGCUACUCCACCGUUGCUCCCACCAUCAUUGGAGAUCUGUUCUCAGGGGGUCAGCGGAGCGUCAUGAUCUGCAUCUUCUACAUCUUUAUACCUGUUGGAAGUGGUCUUGGAUACAUCACUGGGGCGGGCAGUGCUAAUCUCACAGGAGACUGGCGCUGGGCUCUCAGGAUCACUCCCAUCAUGGGUCUAGUGGGACUCAUCCUAAUGGUGUUCUUGUGCCCUAACCCCCCCCGAGGGGCUGCAGAAACCCACGGAGAUGGAGUGACGGGUCACAGCUCUUACAUGGAGGAUGUAAAGUAUCUUCUGAAAAAUAAAAGUUAUGUGUGGUCAUCACUCGGAGUCACGGCUCUGGCCUUUCUCACUGGGGCCUUGGCUUUCUGGUUGCCCACCUUCCUGGCCAGGGCUGCCAUCACCCAGGGUCUCCGACCUUCUUGCACCGGGGAUACCUGCAAUUCCACAGACAGUUAUAUAUUUGGUGCUGUGACAGUGGCGACAGGCAUUCUGGGAGGAGCCUUGGGCACCACCUUAUCCAGACAUCUCAGGGGCAAGUUUUCACAUGCAGACCCCCUCAUCUGUGCAGUGGGCAUGCUCGGAUCAGUCCCCUGCCUCUUCAUCACCAUUUUUGUUGCAUCCUCGAGCAUUCCAGCCACUUAUGUGUUUAUUUUCUUUGGUGAGUUAUUGCUAUCUCUGAACUGGGCUGUCCUGGCUGACAUACUGCUGUAUGUUGUCGUACCAACCAGAAGGGCAACAGCUGAAGCUCUACAGAUCACUGUCGGCCAUCUUCUUGGUGACGCUGGGAGUCCUUACCUGUUAGGAGUGAUCUCUGAUGCUAUACGCUCAUCUAAUCCUAAAACCCACGAAUGGAACUUCUGGAGCCUAAUGUACAGCCUCCUUUUGUGCCCAUUUGUUGGGAUCCUGGGUGGAGUGUUUUUCCUCAUCACCACCAUGUAUAUAACUGAAGACAGGAAAGCAGUCCAGCGACUGGUUGAAGAAGAUCUGCGUCCACAGCAGCGCCCCACACCUGAUUCCUCCAUGGAACUGAGCGACAAGCGCACUGUGUAAAAGAAAAAAUAAAUAAAUUGAAGAAAUGAGUCUGUUAAUGUACAGUAUAGCUGAUGGCAACUCAGUGGACACUGAUGGGCAGAAACGUCUGUCUCAAAACCAUGUGCUUGUUCCCCACAGCAAUACCUCAAAGUGGAAAAACUGUUGCUCUCAUAUCUAAUCAGCCCAUUGUUGCCUCACAUUUUGAGGCACUGCCCAGGAUACUUGAAAAAUAAAUGGAAUUUAUUUUAUGUAAAUACUGUUUUUUUGUUGUUUUAAAAAAUAAGUUAAAAAAUUCUUUAAGUUAUGAAGUGUUUAAUUGCUUUCUGCCUUUAAGUUUUAUGUGCUAAGUCAAAAUAUAUACAGAAGGUAUAAUAAGUAUUGAACAUGUCAAGGAUUUUCUCAGUAAAUAUGUUUUGGAUAUUUCUAUUGACAUACAAUUCACAUCAGAUGUCAUCAACAACCAAAGUAAUCCACUCAUACAAAGAAAAAAACUAAAUUAGUCCACAAAUGAAAUUAUGGGUAAAAAGUUGGACUGACUCAAGAAAUCCAUUUUGAACUUACAGAAAUGUAUUAAAUGGCUUGUGGAAAAAGUGCUUUUGGGUAAUAAAAACUUCAAAAUGUCUCCUGUAUGGAGAAACUAGUCA